AUGCACAAGUACCGUUUGGUCGCCAAGAAGGGUGAGGGCACCUUCUCCGAAGUGCUCAAGGCGCAAUGCAUCAAGAACGGCAAGUACGUGGCCAUCAAGUGCAUGAAAAACCACUUUGACAGUCUGGAUCAAGUCAAUAACCUGCGAGAAAUCCAGGCGCUCCGCCGUCUGUCGCCCCACGCCAACAUCAUCAAACUGUUGGAAGUGCUGUACGACCAGCCCACGGGCCGACUUGCCCUCGUUUUCGAGCUCAUGGACAUGAACAUCUACGAGCUCAUUCGCGGUCGGCGGCAUUACGUUGCGGAGGACCGCAUCAAAAACUACAUGUACCAGCUGAUGAAAGCCAUGGACCAUAUGCACCGAAACGGAAUAUUCCAUCGCGAUAUCAAGCCAGAGAAUAUUCUCAUUAUGGACGAUUGCCUAAAGCUAGCGGAUUUUGGAUCCUGUCGCGGAAUUUAUUCCAAACAGCCGUACACGGAAUACAUUUCCACCCGCUGGUAUCGCGCGCCGGAGUGCUUACUUACAGACGGGUACUACAAUUACAAGAUGGACAUGUGGGGCGUGGGCUGUGUGUUUUUCGAAAUCGUGUCGCUGUUUCCUCUCUUCCCAGGGACCAACGAACUCGAUCAGAUUACCAAGAUCCACAACAUUCUGGGCACUCCCCCCCCGGAGCUACUCGCCAAAAUGAAAAAGCGCUCCCAGCACAUGGACUUCAAUUUCCCGCCCAAGGAGGGAACGGGUGUGGCCAAACUUAUACCCCACGUCAACCCCGAGUGCGUGGAUCUGAUCGUCAAGUUGUUGUCGUACAAUCCGGACGAGCGGCUGUCGGCGCGGCAGGCGCUGCGGCACCCGUACUUUCGGGACCUGCGUGAAGCGGAGAAGCGGCAGAAGGCUCUCAUGGCGCCGGACGUGUCGGGGCAUUUGACGGCAAUGGAGGCGGAUAAGGUCCGGCAGCAGCAGCAAACUGUGUCUUCCAACGGCAGCGAGCACGAGACGGCACACGCCCCCGCCACACCCCCUGGAGCUGACCCCCCCAACGAGGGCUCCGCGGGAUUGCCCAGCAUCUCAGUACGGUCACAUCAACAGCAGGAUCCGGCACACAAGGAGGACAGCAGCGAGGGUGCGGCUGACACAGGGAGUGGCGCCACCUACCCCAAGUUGCCGGGGUUGGCAGCACAGAGCAGCACGGCCUCCGUUGAGGGCAUUCCUGAGGACGCCUCUCUGCCACCCAUAGCCAACCUGAGUUUGUCCAAGGCCAACAUGACGGGGUCCACAGUUGCUGGCGUCGUGGCGCACACGUCCACACGCAGGUCGACGAUGAACAACUUCUACGACGGCAACGGCAGCGGCGGGCCGGCGAGCUAUAAAGCCAAGGCCGGCGCUGCCGCAGCUGCCGGCGGCGGCGCAGCUGCCGCCGCAGCCGGGGUGGCGCCUGGCGGCGCCGCAGGCGCCGCCGCUGCCGCGGCGGCAACUGGCGCCGUUGCUGGAAGUGGCGCCGCCGGGCCGCCACCGGCAAACGCUGGCGCCGUGGGGCGACGGCAGUCCGUGGGCGUGGUGGCGGCCAAGUACGGUGCCGUGAAUAAACAAACAUCUCAAGGGCACGGGCAGGCGACGGGUGUGGCGGGAGUGACGGGGCCGGCGAUGGGGGUGACAGCGACCCGCACGGAGCCUCAGGGCGGCACCGUGAAGUACAAUAAGGCGAAUGUGGGUAAGACCAACUCCAAGUAUAUCAGCCCCUACUCGCUGAGACAGCUGGCCGGGCAAAAUGCUGCCGGCCAGGCGUAA